AUGUCAUCUGAAUAUACCAAUAAUGCCUGUAUUCGAUGCAGUAUUAAACAAAUCAAAUGCGAUAAUGAAAAGAAUUGUUGUAAUAAUUGCCACAAAGCAGGAAAUGAUUGUCAUCGAAACAAGGCUAUAAAAAAAAUAAUCAAGGAUAAACUCAAACUGAAUAAAUUAUACAAAAAUUAUUAUAAUCGAUUUGAAGAACUUCAAGCUUUACAAACUCAAAAUACUGAGCAGGCAAUGUUAAAACUAUCGUUAGAAGUUGAAGCACUUCGUCAACAAAUUUUACAAAACCAACUUAUUAUCAACGAACAAAGAAUGUCAAAUCCAUUAUUAGAUUAUUAUUUUAACAAUCUUGGUUUUAAUAAUAAUCAAGAUUCACGAGUUGAAGCACUUCACCAACAAAUUUUAUAUGCUAUCAAUGAGCAAAGAAUGACAAAUCCAUUACUAAAUCAUUAUCCUAACGAAUUUAGUUUUGGUAAUAAUAACCAAGUCGAAACAUUAUUUCAUCAACAAACUUUACAAACUGUAAACACUACUAGUGAGCAAGAAAUGUCAAAUCCAUCAUUAAAUUUUA